GUGUAAUGUUGCCAUGGAGCGAUCCUGAUCCAUCAGCGGGAGUUACGCUUAUAUAGCUACUGUCUAUGGAGUUACGCAUAUAUGUCAAUGGAGUUACGGUAGUCAGUCAUGUCAAUGUAGUCAGUUAGCUCGAUUGACAUAUAUAUAAGGUUAGCUCUGGGUUACAGGAAAAGAUGACAGAAUACGUUGAUUGAUGAUUGAUACAGAAGAGGCAUCAAGAAUGGAAGAUACCGAGAAAACAAAGCUUGAGGAGUUGCUGAUGUGCCCAGUGUGCCAGGACAUCUUUAAGGAUCCUCGGCAGCUGCCCUGUGGACACAGCAUGUGUAUGGGCUGUCUGGAAAACAUGAUGGAUCACUCCUCAGACAUUCCCUUCCGUUGCCCAGACUGUAGAGCACACUUUGGACCGAUCAUUGGGUUGCAGAAGGGCUACGCGCUGGCCAACAUCGUGGAGGACUUCAGGGUGAACAGGAGGAGAAGGGAAGAGCAGACAAAAAGUGUGUACUGCGACUGCUGCCUGGAGAACAAAACUCUGGCAAUGAAAACAUGUCUAAAGUGUGAGGUGUCGCUGUGCAAAGAGCACAUCAAGGACCACCUGGAGCUGCCGGUGUACACGGGACACCCCUUGGUCAGGCCUCUGAGUGACCUCCUGGAGAGGAAAUGCCCAGAGCACAAGGACGAGGUGCUGAGAUACUACUGCAACGCGUCCAGGCGCUACAUCUGCAACGUGUGCGCCCUGGAGAGCAAGCAGCACAACCUGGCCACUGAGGCCUCCUCUGUCCUGCGGAGACAGCUGACUGAGUACAUGGAUCAACGCUUCAACAUGCUCAAGGAGCAAUCCAGUGAGUCUGUAAAAAAACUGCAAGAAGACAUUCAACGUGAGAAACAGAAAGUGAACCCUGCCGACUCCUCCCUCAACAGUGUCACAGUGGUGCUGCUCUGUUUGUGGUUCAUUGUUCUGUAUUACGCCUACAACUACUCUGUGGAAAACCAGAUGCUAACAGAAGCGCUGGACAAGCAGCAGAACCGCGUGCAUCACAUUUAUUCCACCAUCGCAGAACUCUUGGUUCAUCAUCCAAUGAAGAGCCACAUACCUCCAGAGACCGAAGAUCAAGGAUUUCUCAUGUUGGAUCUGAACACAGCCAGUCCUUUCCUUGGGGUCUCCGCUGACCUCCAAACAGCAGAGAGAAUGAAAACCAAGCUGGACUAUCCCAACAGUAAUAGCCCCGCAGGUCCUCUGCCCGGUGCUUCUCCGCUGGUAACCACGUCUGGGAGGUGGAGGCUGAGGGAUACUGGAACAUCGCCGUGUCAUACAAGAGCAUCCAAUGUAAGAGCAAGGACUGCUAUGGACGCAGUUCUGAUCAUAGAUUUUGUAGAACCAUUUUUUUAAUCAAUAAAAUCAUUUUUAAAUCAA